AUGGCUUCGAAUGUUGCUGAAGUGAGAAUACAAAAUAAUAUUCUCCAACAUGGUUUUCCUAACCAGGAAAACCUUUUUGCAAUACCACCCGUCGUUCGGGCUUAUCUCGACGACGGGCAUGGCGAUACGGGUGCCUUUGUUUUAAUUGGAUACUUGGGUCAGGAGCCCGUGUACAGAACAACUCACACACUGGCCCAUUAAGAAGAAGAAGAAGAAGAAGAAGAAGAAGAAGAAGAAACAACAGGAGGUGAAGUAGAAGAGUGUGAAGAAGAAGGUGAAGAAGAAGGAAUGGAAGGUGAAGAAGAAGAAGGAACAGAAGGUGAAGUAGAAAAGUGUGAAGAAGAAGAAGAAGAAGGAACAGAAGGUCAAGAAGAAGAUGAUAAUUUUACAAUGUAUUCGUACGACAUUGUCAAUCAUGAUUCUUUUGAUACCGACAACGACAGUGUCGAUGAAUGGGUCAAUGUCGCUAAUGAUCAUAAGAAUGAUAUUGAUCAUUGA